CACUACAAACUCUAAAAAUUAAAAGUUGGUAUUGGUAGAGCGAGACGGGACCUCGGUCGAGAAGCCGGCGCCAAUGAUAUCUUGUCGGAUUCCAAGCAACUCGGCGGCUUUACCACUUGCACGCACACAUCAACAAAAGGAUACGAGCUGGACCGAGUGUAUGGACACGACGAUGACAAGAUCAUGGAAGCAUAUGGGCAACACAUAGGCGAGGUGCGUCGCCGCGAAUUUGCCUCGCAGCAUCUCGACUCGUCCACCUUUCUCGACGCUGCCUCGCAUCCUCCGGCGCCCCUGUCGGCCCUCGAUGCCGUUCACCUUCACCUCACUCGCGAGGGUGGCCCCAUCUCGAACCCGCACAGCGGCAGUCCCAGUGGAACGCGGACACGCCAGAGAAUAGACGAGGUCCGUGAACUGGUCUGCCGGGAAAUAUUCGGCCUGGACCGCACGGGGGGCCCAUGGCGUCCUCUCGACGGCAUCGCGGACAGCAGCAACAACGAACGAGGCUGGGAACUGAUCUUCACCAGUGGCGCCACUGCAAGUCUUGAGCUCGUGGCGAGGUCUUUCGACUUUGGAUCAGGCGACGGCAAGGGCACUUUCGGCUAUCUUGAAGAAGCCCACAGCAGCCUCGUCGGGCUCCGCGACAUUGUCACGGGCGAGAGGAGCGACCGAGGCGCCAAGUGCGCACAGCCUCUCAAAGCUGACAGCGCACAGAUCGAAGCCUUUAUCAAUGGCGCAGCCACCUCGUCGUCUCCCUCGCUGUUGGCGCUUCCCCUUCAGUGCAACGCCACUGGCAAACGCUUCAACGGUCUCGUUGCAUCGUCACUGCUGCAGAGGAGGGGUGCCCAUCCACCGAGACCCUACAUCCUUCUCGAUGCAGCAUCCUACCUCUCUCCGUCGAUGCGCCUGCCCAUGCGUGAAAGCUUUAGCCACGAUUCGCAAGACGAAAGCAUGCCAGACUUUGUGGCAUUCUCCUUUUACAAGCUCCUGGGUUCUCCCACCGGCCUCGGCGGCCUUCUGGUCAAGAGAUCGUCGGCAGCCAGAGCUCUUCUUGCCAGCAAUGGCAAACAGUAUUUUGGUGGAGGCGCCGUCUCUGCCUUGAUGGCAUCGGCCGCCUGGAGAGAGCCGGCUAGGGAGUUGCAUGCGGCCUUGGAAGAUGGCACAGGUAAUUUGCACGCCAUUCUGUCGGUGCCCACGAUGCUGCAGACACUCCGGUCUAGCUCACUCUUGGGCUCGUGGAGCGAGAGUGGAGCCUACGUCGAUGACCUGACCAGGCAUCUCUGGUCGUCGCUCAGCAGUCUCCGGCAUGGCGACGGUAGCAGCGUGUGUCGAAUGUACUCCCCAGCUCCUCGGGGCUGCGGUCACAUACUCUCCUCACCACAAUCAUCACCCUCAACCGCCUCACUUUCCUCCACUCCCACAUCAUCAGCAUCAGCAUCAGCAUCGCUGAAUCAAGGACCGAUUGUCCUCUUCAACGUCUGCCGUCCGGCCUCUGCUGUCCAAGACGACAAUGCGCUAUCUCAGUCGCUGCUUAUCGACCCGAACGAAGUCGAUAGGCUGGCGAGCGUUUCUGACAUUCACCUGCGCUGCGGCCGCAUGUGCAAUGCCGGCGCGAUCGCCAACGCCUUGGGGUUGGCCGAGAACGCUUUUCAGAAGCUCUGGCACCUUGGUGUUGGGUGUGGCAUGGCGGGCUGGGUUCAAGGUGCGGGAGACUCCCAAGUCAGCUCGGCCUUGAGGGUCAGCGUCUGUGCCUGGAAUACACGAGGCGACAUCGACAGGCUCGUUGAAUUUCUCCAGCGCUUCUUUGCCAUUGAUGGUUGCGCACCUACUAAAGUCGAGGACAACGAACAAGACGUGUACCUUUCCUGUGAGGAUGACGACGAAGACGAUGAACGAGGGUCGGCAAGCGAGACAGCCUCGCAACAGACCGACUCAACCAGUCAGACGUCGUCAUUAGGACGGCAACGGAAAGAACACGAGCAAAGGUGCUUGAGGCUCUCGAGUGUCCAUCUUUUUCCUAUCAAAUCGUGUGCGGGUCAGGUCAUAGACAUUCCCUGGCGGCUUAAGCCAACGGGGCUUGAGUACGAUCGGCAAUUCUGCGUGAUUGACCUGACCAACGGCAGGGUCAUGAGCCAAAAGCGGGUCAAGGCCUUGGCCAGAAUUCGUCCCUCGAUCGAUCUGAGCUCAAGAACGAUGACUGUCGAGUUCAUAAGCCACGAUGGCGUUUCAAGAGUGCCCUCGCCUAUCCAUGUGCACCUCGAAGAGGAAGACGGAGGGAAGGAACUGGAUGUCGACUUCUGCGAUGACGGCUCCAUUGUUCGUCCGGUCCUCCUGAGCUGUCACGAGGUGCAAAGGCGUUUCUCUGAAUUCCUUGGUCGUCGAUGCACCCUAGCAAGGAUGGAUAGGAGUCGACUAAGGAUGGAUCGUCUGCCUCUGUUGCUUAGUAACGAAUCGCCAUUUCUCGUCAUCAAUCAACGGAGCGUCGAAGAAGUUUGCAAGUGGAUCGAACAAGACGAAGGAAUUUACAUGGAUCCCGAGAGAGUGGCGUUGUGCUUCAGGAGCAAUUUCGUCAUUGACGGCGGCCUCGACCAAGCUUUCGACGAAGACACCGCGAGACGCGUCGUCGUGGGAAGAUCCAUAUUUGCCGUCAUGGGCCCUUGUCGUCGCUGCGAGAUGAUUGCGCUAGAUCAGGUCAACGGCAGACCAGUGCCUCAGGUCUUGAAAGCUGUGGCUUCCCAUCGCAGGUAUACAGGGGGGGCCCUAAGCGGGAGAAUUCUUUUCGGAGCUCACUUGACCUGGAUUCAGAAAUCUUGCUCGCAGAGCGAAUGGAUCCAGGUCGGUAUGCCGGUCUUUCUUCAAUGAAAUAUGCAGAGCGAUUGGGCAGCUACUUUCACGCAAUCCGGUGACGGAAUUGCUUCCUCUUUCCUCGUUGCAUCACUUGAGCCCCUGAGAAUCCAGCAUGCGCCGCUGUGGUUCAUAAAUAUGGUACCAACUACGCCGGUGUACGUGAGCGCGCAAAGCUGGAAAGCAAGACACAGCCAAUCAAAGGGCGCAUCCAGCUUGAAUCUGGAAGCACACCUGUUGUUUCGAUAAGAUUGGAGCAAAGUUUGGACUGCUCACAACAAUGUAAAAAAUCACCGCGUGACAGUGAAAAUGGAGCAUCAAUCUUCUCUCGAGUCCUUGUUGUGAGCAUGUUAUGAGCG